AUGCCUCCCGACAUACCGAGCAACAUCCGCGUCUUCGUCCGCUGGCGCGAUCAGACCGUCUUCGCCGGCGAGGACGUCAAAUGCACCGUGACAUUUAAAAAUGCCGCCUCGACAUCAAGCCAGCAAAGGCAACAGCAGAAAUCACAGCAGCAGCAGAAGCCACAGGGGGAAAGACAACGGUUGGCGGUGCCGCUGCAAUCUCGCGCGAAGGCUUCUGUCGGCAUGGCAGCGCCGCCUCCGACAACCUCGACGCGGGGGCAUCGGAGGUCUGCCUUGUCCCUUGGCGUUUCGUCAACCAGUUCUCACAGUCGGUCGGCGUCAGUAAAAUGGUCACAAGAUGCCAGUGGCGGCGGGGACUGGCGACCGGGCCACGCCCAGAGAUCGCUGUCUAUUAUCUCGAUUGGGUCAGCGAACAACGCAGACGAGCAUGUUCAGCGGAACGAAUCCCAAUCGCUACCAAGGACCCAACGCUCACAUCGGGGUCAUAAUCGUGCGACGAGUCUACAGAUUUCAGCACAUGGCGCGACCUCGCCUGGUCCAGCGGGACCACAAUCAGCGCCCUUCUUCCCUCGGCAUAUGAGCUCUCCCCAUUUCAACUCGUCGUACCCUCCGGAUCGAUUUGGGAGGAUUUAUGGGGCUUCCACUGCGCCGGAUACGCCUGGGCUGGGUGGCCAAGCGAGAUCACCAGCCAGGCGAGAGAUGCCAAACUUUCGAUUUCCUGCAUCCCCUGCAACCGCAAACGAAGAAGCUGCUAGUCCGAAACUCAAAAUCUCUGAUCGAUUUCACAGUCCAAAGCAGGUUGAUCCUCGUGAUUACAACAACUUGACCGUGCGGCCGAAGGGGCACCCGCCAAGCGCCGUCGAUCGCCCGGCAGCGAGGAUUCUGGCUAGCAAUACGAUCCCCGGGGGCACACCUCGCAGCAGCGGAGAGUUUUAUCCUAUGAGCAACAAUUCUUCGGAAACAUUGGUGUCCGAAUAUGUGACCCAGCCGCUGGUACGCGGUAAUGGCCGCCCACCCCACGUCCGGCGGAGCUCUGGAAUGACAUCACAACAGGAGGAGGCGCCAGAAUCAUUAAUGAUGGGCUAUGCUCAAAUCCAAGGAUCCUUCACUUUGGAUGGCUCACUCGUUAGUCUUGGGCCUUUCGAGUCAGUGAAGAAGAAGGGCGCAGUAGGCGGACGAGGUGGCGGGGUUGUUGGCCUUGAACAAGCAAAACGAGACGCCGGCCUCCUCAAAGGUUUUGGCUGGGGGAAUAUCACCACUUCCCUGGGAGGUUUCCUAGGCGGAGAAGAACUGAGCACAAUCAAGGAGACUCGCGGAGCUGUCAACUCUAAAUCUAUACCCUUGCUAAGCAUGCCUCAGUCUAUCCUGUUUGUUGACUUGCAACUGGCUCCUGGGGAGAGUCGGUCCUACGAAUAUACUUUCCGUCUGCCAAAGGGCUUGCCUCCCAGUCACAAAGGUAAAACCAUCAAGAUAUCAUACAGCCUGGUCAUUGGGACGCAGAGGGCCGGAGGCGCCAAGGAGCAGCAAGUCAAAUCUGUCGAAGUUCCAUUUCGAGUGCUGGGCAGCGUUAACAACCAUGGUGAAAUUCUUGGUCACGAUCUCAUGAGCCCCUAUAUACUGCUUCGAGACGUGGCGGAGGUCAAGAGCCUCGGUAAGCAUGCGAAAGUGCACAAACCAAGGGCCUCAUUUGGUACGCCGGCAACCAUGAACGAAUUCCUCAACUACGUCAGUGGAUUGGCUGCCAAACGACAGGACUCGGCGGGAGACGCAUUGCUGUCUCCAACAGAGUCGACUGCCCGAAGACGUCCCUCGACAUGCGAGGAAGCUGGUACGGCCAAAGAGGCCAUCCAUCUAGCAAUCAUGAGAAGCAACAUGGCUGGAGACGGACAACAAAGCGCCAAUCGCUUCGAAAUCGCACGCAACGGCCAACGAGUGGGCGUAGUAAUGCUCACCCGGCCGGCCUACCGUCUAGGCGAGGUUGUCACCAUGGCAAUCGACUUCACGGAUGCCGACAUAGCGUGCUACGCAGUCCACGCGACGCUUGAAACGACAGAAAAGGUAGACCCUUCGCUGGCCACCCGCUCAGAGUCAAGCCUGCAACGCGUCACGCGGAAAGUGUACGUCGCGUCUUCCGAAGCAGCCAUGUACUCGCGCCGUGUUGUCUUCACGCCCACAAUCCCCAUAUCCGCCACUCCAGAGUUCGUCACCACAGGUGUCAACCUCGAGUGGAAGAUCCGGGUGGAAUUCGUGGUUCCCUACCAGGGUUCGGAUACAGCACAACCCGCGGAACUGCAGGUGCCUCAUCCGCUGUUGGAGCAGAUUUCGCAGGAUGAAAAGGGCGGGCUCGUGCUUGUGGCCAUGGAGAAUCUGACGUGCGAGAGCUUUGAUAUUUCGGUGCCAUUGAGAGUAUAUGGGGCUGUGGGGAGUGGGCUGGAGAGGCUGGAGAGAGAUGAGGCUUCUGAGGAGGGAUUGGCGGUGUAA